AUGUCAAAUUCUGAUAUUCAACCAACUUCUCUCGGUGAAGCUGAUGAUUUUGGUCACUCUGAACUUAGAACAAAAGAAUAUUGGGAAUCACGAUAUGAUCAAGAAAACAAAAACUUUAAAGAUAUUGGCGAUAUUGGUGAAAUUUGGUUUGGUGAAGACAGUGUGGAAAAAAUGGUGAAUUGGGCUCUAUCUAAAGCCACAACAUCCUCAACAAUUCUUGAUAUUGGUUGUGGGAAUGGCCACCUCCUUUUAGAGUUAGCGAGCCAUAAUUUUACAAAUUUAUAUGGAAUAGAUUAUUCAUCAAAUGCAAUAAGAUUAGCUAAUGAUGUCGCAAGAAGCCGUGGAUUUGAUAUUUCAUAUUAUGUCGCCGAUUUAUUUAAUGAUGACGUAUUACAAAUUGUUAAAAAUACUGAUGGUUCAAAUAGUGAUAGUUUACAAAAUUUUGAUUUUAUAUUGGAUAAAGGCACGUUUGAUGCAAUAAGUCUCUCUUUACAACAAACUUCUACAAAUCAGCUUUUGCGUGACAUUUAUCCUAAAAAAAUUCGUUUUUUGCUUAAUUCAAAUGGAUAUUUCUUGAUUACAAGUUGCAAUUUUACUAAAGAUGAACUGAUAGAAAAGUUCAAGGGUGAAUUUGAUUAUUGUGAACAUAUUAAAUAUCCAACUUUCACUUUUGGUGGAGUGACUGGACAGACUAUAUCAACACAGAAAGCUCAUAGUAUCAUUGAUGCUCUGCCUGGCAAUUCUUUGCUUACUAAAACAGGUUAUAUUACUGUGGGCACGGGAUUAGUAGCUUUAACUAUUUCAAAGGAAUUAUACGUAUUCAAUGAAGAAACUGUAGUGUUAUUGGCCUUUAUUGGUCUCAUAAUUCCUCUUUAUCGUGUACUCAGAAAGCCCUUCAAUGAUUGGGCUGAGGGACAAAAAACUCAUGUCAAUAGUAUCCUCGAAAAAGCUCAGGAUGAUCAUAAAACUGCAGUCAAAGAAAGAAUUAAUAGUAUUGGUCAAAUAGGUGAUAUUGUUGAUAUCACACAAGCAUUAUUUUCGAUGUCUAAGGAAACUGCAAAACUGGAAGCUGAAGCUUUCGAAUUGAAACAGAAAGCUGCUGCAGCUGCUGAGGUAAAAUCUGUUUUAGAUUCAUGGGUGCGUUAUGAAACUUCAUUACGUGAACGUGAACAAAAAGAUCUUGCUAAUUAUGUCAUUGAACGUGUGAUGGCUCAAUUGCGGGAUGAAAAAGCAUGA